UCUCAGCUCAGGGCGGAGGGGCUCACGGGCUCGGGAGGGGCGGUCGAGCUACGGCGCCGAGGUCUAAGGGGGCCCCUAUGAGCCCUGCUGCGCUGUUAAUUUUGGUUUAAAUCCCGUGGAUUCCUGGAGAGCCUAUAAUGAGAAGGGUCUAACCAGUGGUUUGGGUUCUUGUUUUUAUUUUAGGUUUAUUUAUAUAACUUAUACAUUUGGGUGUUGUUUUGUUUGCAUGUACAUCUACACACAGAAGAGGGCUCUGGAUCCUAUAGGACUCGGUUAAACUGUGUGAGCCACUUUGUGGGUGCUGGGAAUUGAACUCAAGACCUUUGGAAGAGCAAUCAGUGUUCUUAAUCUGCUGAGCCAUCUCUCUAGCCCAUUGUGGCUUGGAUUCUAUUAAACUUCUUGGAGUUAAUAUCAGAUAGGCCGGAUAUGAGUAUGAAGUUUAUCCUCGACCACAUAUAUCUCAGGGUCGCCAGUUGCUUUUAAAUGUAAUUUGAAGUGCGUGACACAUUUCUUGAGCAUCUGGGUUUUGACUUUUUGAGAAAAAAAUUACAUGUAGUCCAAAUUGUCCACACCCUUGCUACAGGAGGAAUACUCUUGAUCUGAUCUUUCUGUCUCUACUUCCUGAGUGCUGGACCUAUAGGGAUGUGGCUUCAAACUUCAAACCUUGUUUAUGUUGGCGGAUGAACCCCAAGGCUUCGUGUAUGUAAGUACCAGUGGCAUGGCUGUGUCCCAGACUUUCCUGCCCGGGCCUCCCCCUGAACCUGCAGGUGCUUUGAUGGAGCCUCUGCCUUGCGCUCCCAGCUUGGCCGCGGGCUUCUUGGAGGAGGAGCUUCAACUCAAUGCCCAGCUUCUCCAGCUGCAGUUUCCAGAGCCCGUGGGUGUCAUUUAUAACCCAGUGGACUAUGCUUGGGAGCCGCACCGCAACUACGUGACCCGCUACUGCCAAGGUCCCAAGGAAGUGCUCUUCCUGGGCAUGAACCCAGGACCGUUUGGCAUGGCCCAGACUGGGGUACCUUUUGGGGAAGUGAAUGUGGUCCGGGACUGGUUGGGCAUUGGGGGCUCUGUGCUGACCCCUCCACAAGAGCACCCUAAGAGACCAGUGUUGGGACUGGAGUGCACACAGUCAGAGGUGAGCGGAGCCCGAUUCUGGGGCCUUUUCCGGACCCUCUGUGGACAGCCCCAAGUCUUCUUCCAGCAUUGCUUUGUCCACAAUUUGUGUCCUCUGCUCUUCUUGGCUCCCAGUGGACGAAACCUCACCCCAGCUGAUCUGCCGGCCAAGCAGCGGGAGCAGCUACUGGCGAUCUGUGAAGCAAACCUGCGCCGGCAGGUGCAGCGGCUAGGGGUGCGGCUGGUAGUGGGAGUGGGGCGGCUGGCAGAACAGCGGGCGCGAAGAGCUCUAGCUGGACUGGCUCCAGAGGUGCAGGUGGAGGGCCUCCUGCAUCCCUCUCCGCGAAGCCCACAGGCCAACAAGGGCUGGGAGGCAGCAGCCAGGGAAAGACUCCAAGAGUUGGGGCUCCUUCCUCUGCUAACGAGCAAGUGCUCGAACAGGCCUAGCACACCUUAGAGAUCACUUGAUUACACGCAGGCUUUGCUGGGCUCCCUGUUGGAGGACACAUUUUCAGCACUCUGGGCUUUUGUCCAGACCCUGAUCGCAGGGUGGGCAGCUCUCCUCCCUUGAGCCUCACCCUUUUGUCUCCAGUGGCUUGUUCUGUUCAGUGUCCACAGAGGGGGGGCCAUUGCAUUCGCCUGCCACACCAUUUCCUUGGGGACCUCUGUGUGUAGAGGGUCCUAGAUAGGGAUGUCUGAGGUCAUAUUUGAAGUUUUGGAGGGAAGAUAGUUUUAAUCAUUCCUGUUUUGUUUUUAUUGGCAUUGUUUUGGGCACUGCCUCAUAUACACUAGGAAAGCUCAUGCUGAUCUACCUCAGACUUUUUGACACUAAUUUUUGACACGUAUGUAUUAGUGGGGUUCAGUGUGAUGUUUUCACACAUGCAUUAAGUGUGUACUGAUUGAUGGAGUCUGAUCUCUCUUCAUCUGUCCUCUCCACAGCUCCCCCUCCCCAACCAGAGGGUAAUCUUUCUGGGAUCCCUACUCAUCCUUACAGAACACUUGCCUCUAGCUGGCUGCUCUCCUCUCCUCCCAGGGACCAGGACAGACAUCACUUUGAGAAUGAGCUUCUGAGCCAGGUGUCCUGGCAUACCCUUGUAAUCCCAGCACUCAGAGAUAGGAGGGUCAGGUUAAGUUCUAUCUCAGAAACAAACAAACAAAUAAUAAAAAGUGAAUUUCUUCAGGGAGACCGAGGUUGAAUUUGAAGGACACUUAUAUGUGCAGACUAGGAAAGAUUUAGAUCUUUAUUCCCCUUUCCCCUGUGAGGCCUGUGAACUUUUUUUUAACCUCUCUCAGUUGGGCAGUGGUGGCACAUACCUUUAAACCCAGCACUUGGAGGCAGAGGCAGGUGGAUCUCUGAGUUCAAGGCCAGCCUGGUCUACACAGUGAGUUUCAGGACAGCCAGAGCUACACAGAGCUACUACUGUCUUAAAAAAUUAAAACUCCUGUUUUGUUUUUGUUAUUGUUGUUUAUUUGUUUUUAAAAUUUGAAGCAAGGUCUCAUUGGGUCGCCUGUAACUCAUUGUGUAGACAAGAUCCAGCCUUGACCGCAUAAGAAAUCUUCCACCUCUGCCCCUGAGUGCUGAGUUUAAAAGGAUGGGCCACCAUAUCCUGUUCCCUUCUGAAUUUUGAGACAAGGUCUCACUGUGUAGUAGUGGCUGUCCUGGCACUUUCUCUAAAGACCGACCUGGCAACAAACUUGUGAUCUUCUGCCUAAAUGCUGGGAUUAUAGUCAUGUGCCACCCUGCCUGACCUCUUAUGAACAACUUUUCUAAGUCUCAAGAUUCUCUGUAAAGUGGGGUUUCUGCCUCCUGCCCCUAGUGUGAGGUGGGAGGACUGAGGGAACACUGUAGAGUGCUUUACGAAGGGCAGACAUGUGGUGACCACCGCACACUCUCCCUGCUUGCCUCCCUCUGAGCUGUGGUACCAUUGCACAAUGAGGGAAUUCCCUGUCCACCCUGAAGACCUUUCCUUACUGGGGAAGGACCAAUGUUAUGAAAAUUUCAACCUGUGACUUUUAGAUUAAGCAUUAAAGAUCCCUAAGCCUUCUCGCAUUGGUUCUCUUUCCCUUCUGCACUUCAUUGGCUGGAGAAUGUUGGUUUUAGGACAUUCCCUCCUCCUCUAUUCACUGUUGGCAGAAACUUCUCAGGUAGCUUGGGGAGGGGUAUAUGAGACUUCUAGCCAACCUAGCCAACCUGCAGGGGUUUUGAUAGGGGGCCUGUCCAGUAGUUCAUCAGGUACUUGGGGGCACUGUUGGGGCUGAUGGGGAGGCUGAUGUCUCCUCUGUCUCUUAAGUGGUUGGUUGGGUGAUGUGUGGUAAGAGUAAGCCACAGUGGGAACAUGGGACCACCUUAAUGAGGGGCAUGUGGUCUCCUUAUUUCCUGGGACUCAAGUCAUCUCCAGCAUUCUAAAAAUUAGUAAGAUUUUAAUCAGCUGUCUCAGUUCCUGAGAGGGAACUUUGAAGUUUCCUCAACAAUAGAAAUGUCAGGGGGCUGGAGAGAUAGCUCAGAGGUUCUUCCAGAGGUCCUGAGUUCAAUUCCCAGCAACCACAUGGUAGCUCACAACCAUCUGUAAUGAGAUCUGGUGCCCUCUUCCGGCCUGCAGGCAUAAUGCAGGCAGAACACUGUAUACAUAAUAAUAAAAUAAAUAAUAAGAAAAUAAAUUAAAAAAAACAAUGGAAAUGUCAGUAUUAUUCAUGUUGGAACCUCAGAGCACAGCAGGGUUUGUUGAACUUUGAUGCAGGAUGGAGACCGGCCCCCUAGAAAGACCAGCUUUGUGUUUUGAUGGUUGGAACUUUGAAGGGUGAUCUUAGCUUGAAUGUCAGGGUGGGACAAAGCUAGAGAUUGAGUUCAGCUGAGUGGCCCAUGAUCUCAACCAAUUAUACCUUUAGAGUGACCCUGACCAGAACUUUGUACACUGGUUUCUGCCAAGCCUGCUGGUUGGUGAACGCACAUGUCUGUUUCCUUUUGGGUAGUUGGUGCUGGUUUGUAUAUUUAUUCAUAUUCUCUGUGUGUAUUUUGAGAGUUCUGGGGACUGAACCCAGAGUUUUGUGGCUGUACAGUGUUCUCUGCUCUAUCACUGAGCUAUAUCCCUAGUCCUUGAUUUGUAUUUGUGAUAUAAUAAAUAAACACAGUGUUUUUAUUUCCUGA